UCGGCGGCGGAGUAGGAAGAGGAGGAGAGUCCACCACCGCCGCCGCCGCCGUCGACGUCGUCGUUCUUGUAAUGUAACGUUGUACGAGUGUAUCGUGUAUGGUGAAUCGUGAGUGCGUGCGUGUGCUACUUGAUUUUUUCUCGUUUUUUUUCUAUGUCAGUGUAUAGUUUCGCUUCUCCGCGUGCGUGUACGCCGUCCGUUUUUACUGCCGAACGUCGGAAUUCUGUUUUUCACGUGUAACCUAAGGGUUGUCAUAUACCGCGACCCUUGGGAAUUGUAUUAUUUUUUUUUUUCAUUUUAGGUAGUUUGUUAUUAUAGUUUUUUUUUUUUUAUAUAUACAUAUUUUGUAAACAUCGUCAUUACCUAUGAGUUUUUAAUAAAUACGGUGAACUCCGUCUUGCGUUAUCCGUCGUAGUUUUUCCCCCCGGCCCAGACACCUGCAGUGUUAAAAAAAUGUCUUACAAGACGUCGACGUCGGUCGUGGUGGCCGUCGCCUUUGUCGCUCUGUUUGUCCCAUUCGUUUCCUGUUUCGACGAAAUCUUACCUAAAUUGGUGAUUGAUGAUAAACUUAGCGGAUAUCAUGGCUUAGUAAGAGAAAAUGAAACGUUAGUUGAAGUUGUUCCAGAAAUUUAUGCCAUUGGUGAUGUUUGUAAUUUUAACAUAGUUAAUAAACAUCACGGAGAAGCACCUUUUGAAAUUAUUCUUCGUCCAAAUGGUUAUGCUGAACUUCGAGCUCGUAAAACUUUAAAUUGUGAGAAACGUAAAACAUAUAAAUUUGAAAUUGCUGCAGUUUCAUGUUCUGGUCUGAUAUCUGAUAAUGUUACUGUGCAUAUAACUGUGGUUGACAUCAAUGAAUAUGCUCCGCUAUUCUUAGAUGCAUCUUAUGUUAAAGAUGUUGACGAAGGUCAGUUGUAUGAAGAGAUUUUACGAGUAGAAGCCACAGACCGUGAUUGUACUCCACGUUUUGGUGACAUAUGCAAAUAUGACAUACUUAAUGAUGAUCAACCUUUCACUAUUAACAAUGAAGGGAGUAUCAGAAAUACUGAACCAUUAGACUAUGACCAUAGUCAUAAUUACAUUUUGUCAGUUGUUGCUUAUGACUGUGGCAUGAAGCAGUCUGCUCCUGUUAUGGUCACUAUUAAGGUGAAUCGAAUUUGCAAACUGGGUUGGAAAAGUAUCCCAGAAGAAAUUGAUUAUUACCCUACUUCGGGUCGUAAAGAUUUAUUUCCUAAUGCACAGCUAAGACUAUGUGAUGAUCCAUGCCAUGUGAAAAAUGUUAAUGCUAAGCUGACUCUAGCAACAUCACAUAUCGGCAAAGGAUGUGAUCGUGAUACAUAUUCUGUCCAAAGCCAAAGAAAAUUAUGUGGAGCAAGUGAAGAAAGUGUAGAACUUUUACCCGCUAACCAUGUACCCUUAUCUGCUGGAAAUGCAAUUAAACAUGACGAAGGUCGUGAAUCUGAUCAGAUGUAUGAGUUUGAUGGUAGUAGUACUGCUGUUGCUAUACCCAAUGAUGUUCUUGAUCAUGGACUUUCAUCGGCAUUCACUAUUUCAACAUGGAUGAAACAUAAGCCGAUGCCACACCAAGAUAAGCAUGUUAAAGAACACAUUUUAUGUUCUGCUGAUGACCAUAAAAUGAAUCGUCAUCAUUAUGCUUGGUUUGUACGUAAUUGUCGUCUUAUAUUACUUUUGAGACGUGAUUUUUCGCAAGGAGAUCUGAACAUCUUCAGACCAGCUGAAUGGAGAUGGAAAAUUCCACAGGUAUGUGACAAUGAAUGGCAUCACUAUGCUGUUUCAGUACAAUUCCCCAAUGUUCAGUUAUACAUUGAUGGAGUUCUUUUUAAAACUGAAAACAAGAACCCUGAAGUUAUUGAUGAUUGGCCUUUGCACCCAACAAAGGGUAUUAAUACUACUUUGACUGUUGGAGCUUGUUGGCAAGGUUCAGAAAAUAAAAUGAAACAUCAUCUUCGAGGAUAUUUAGCGGGCUUAUCAGUACUUUUGCAUCAACUAGAGAAACCUGAAGUACUUGCAUGUUUACAUAAAUGUAAAGAAAGUCUUGAAGUUCCUGCAAUGGAGUUGUUGGAACCUGGAAUGGAACUACUAACUAACAGUGAGUUAACUGAAUUAUCAAUUGAGGGUGAUAACAAAACCAAUUUGGAAGUCUUGGUAAGGAAAAUUGGUUAUUCUAACAGUCGUGACUAUCCAACUCCUGGUAGACGUAAUCUUCACUUAACUACAUCUCUUAUUUGUGAUGGUGGUCGUGAAGUGAAGAUGCCUCCUGCUGAAAGUUAUAUAAUGGUCCACCGACCUCAACAACCUAAUAUUAUCAUUAACGGUACUAAUACAGUACCUAGGGAAUACCAUGAAUUUAGACAGGGUGUACAAGUUUUCCCUGAUCUUGCCAUUAGUAUUGAGCCAGAAAGUUAUGAUUAUGAAUCUAAAAACCCUGAAUUGACAAAUGUAUUAGAGCGUCGCAUUGAUUCCUGUAUAAUUUCUGUUUAUCCUUCACUGAAUCCUGAUCAUGAAACAUUAACCAUCCCUGCUGAUAUGUUGGCUAAAUUCGGAAUUUCGGCUAAAGUUUCAAAGGACGGUGUAGCUUUCAACAAUGCUGAUAUUGUAUUCCAUUAUCAAGAAGCUCUACGUGAUGUCCAUUACACCAACUUUAAGCCUGCAUACUACCUAAAUCGUCAAUUCAAAUUGGUGUGCUCGGAAAUGAAUGGAAGGUUUUUGAGCAAUGAAUACAUACAAACUUUGACUGUAAUCCAUCCAAAAUCUCCAACCAUUGCUUACACUACUACUACAACACUUCCAACAACUGCUCUGCCUGCUGCUUUAUUAGUAGAAGAAAAUGAUGCCGAACCAAAACCAGCUCAUGCUCAAAUAGUUCAACAUUCUGUAGAAUCAAAACAAGCACAAACCAUUUUUGGAAACUACUUGGACGGAUCUAUUGAUGAACGUGCACAAGCUAUUGUCAAUGGCGGUGGACAUGCUGUUACAAUUAUCAUUGUAGUGUGUGUUGGAUUUUUAGUUUUAAUGAUUACAUUAGGUAUUGUGCGUAUUAAGGCCGCCCACCAAAAAGCAUCUCAAGAUGAAGUCCAGGACACAGAAAUGGCUUGGGAUGACUCAGCUCUUAACAUUACCAUAAAUCCUAUGGAGCAAUUGGAAUGUGAUGGCAGUGGAUCAGCAGGUGGUGCGUUAUCAGCUGGCAAACAUAGGCAUGCUGAAAAUGAUGAUGAUUCUUCUGAUGACAAUAUGAGUUAUGAUUAUGACGAUAGCUCAGAUGAUGGUGGUGGCAAUGAAGAAGAUGAUGGUCUACACAGAGGCUGUGCACCUCGUUUAGAAUGGGAUCAUUCUACUAUGUCUAUCUAGGUCGUGUUUUAUUAUCAAAAAUCAUGCACACUUAUUCGACUUGCAGCACCUGACCUUUUAUAGGUUACAUGGUGAUUCUAUUUUUUAAUACUAAACAAAAAUCACUCUUUUUUUGCAUAUCUUUCGAAAACGCUUGACUAACGCGCUUUAGAAUAUUUGAAAUUCGUUUUUUAGACAUACAAGUUUUAAAUAAAUUAAAGAGUGGGGCGUUGUUGGGAGUCAAUCAGACUUAACUUAUUUUGCUGUCCUUAAGUUCAAAUAACUUACACUAUUAUUUGUUUGCACUGAUAUCAAUUUAUAUAUUAUGAUAAACAUGAUUAAAAUAAUAUGUAACAUUAUAAUCUUGACACUGUUCGCGCAACUAUCUAUUUAUUCUUAUAAUUUUUUUUUAUUAAUUUUAACUUGUUUUAUAAUUUUUUUUCAGACAUAUCCUAAAUUGUAUUAUUAUUUUAACUAGCAUUAUCCCCACUCUUUCUUUAAUUUAGUGUUCAUACAUAAAAUGUAUACAUAUAUAUAUAUAUAGAACAAUUUUUUUUAAAAAAAAAUGGAGAAGACUGUAAAUAAUGUAAAAAGAAAAGAAAAAAAAUUAAAAGGCUAAUAUUUGCAUUUUUAAUGUGCCAUUCGAUCAAUCAAUAUUAUAUGUUUAGUUUUAUAGUUUUGAAAGCUUUACAAAUCACAACCAUUAACAAUAAUGUUCUCCUCUUUACUCCAUAAUUCAUUCCAACGCACUUGCUUGUCGUCUUCUCAACACCUGAGCAGCCAACUUCUUGCCUAUGUUCGUGUUUCCAUUUAUAAAUUUGAUACCGUCCAAAUAGGUUUCCUUGUGAAUUUUUAUUUUUUAAAAAACUGUGUUUUUCAGUUUAGUAUUAUUGGUUGUGCAAUAAAGUACUUAAAUAUAUUAUAAUAAUAACAACAACUUUAAUGAUGAAACUAUUGUGCACCUUGUUACUUUGUCAGUGAUAUUUUUUUUUGUAUCAUCAUAUUAUGUGACACAAAUAUAAACUUGGUGAAUAUUUAUAAAUUUUCUUACUACGGAUAAAUAUCAUCUAAUCUUAUACUAGUUAAAAAAGUGAAUAAAUUAAUACAUAUUAUAUUAUGAUUUAUAUUGUUACAUAAUAUAUACAUUUUAUGUUUAUUCUAAUUUUUAUUCAAAAUAAUAACCAAUAAAUUAAUAACUACGAAAUACAUAAUGAAAAUAAAUUAUCAUUACCUUUAAAUACAUAUUUAAAAUCUAAAGAUUAUAAUAAAUGAAUUAAAAGUAUAUAAGAUUAUUUUUAUGUAAAUUUAGAGUAAAUUGUAAGAUUAUACACAUACAUUUUAAAAGUAUUAAUUAUAACAUCUUGCUUUGGUAUAUCAUAAGUAUAUAUUAACUAAUUAGGGUGUAGGUAGUGAUUGGUGGUAUUAUAAUAGUUAUUAUCUUUAAUGAUUUUAUUUUAUAGUAAAUGUAUUAUUAUUUUUAUCCUUUAUAACUAAUGAUUAUUAGUACAGUUAUAAUUUAAAUUGAUUUCUUCCUAAUCAAAGAAAAUACAAAUCAAUGUGCAAUAAUUUGUUAAACAUAUUUUCAGUAUUGUGUGUAUUCUUUAGAUAAUAUGCAAUGUAACAUUUUUUUUUUCUGCUAAUAUAAAUAAAACACCUACACCUGUUAUGA